AUGGCCGAGUUAAAGACGGUUGCUUGUGAAGCAAUCGACAAGAUAACAUCUGACCUCAACGACAUCAGUCAGGAAUUGUGGAAAAAUCCAGAGUUAAACUUCAAGGAGCACCAUGCCCAUACCAUAUUGACUAACUUUAUGGAGAAGCAAGGCUUUCAUGUAGACAGGAAUUACAAACUUGACACAGCCUUUCGUGCUACAUUUGGUGACGAUAGAACAGGUCCGCAUGUGGCGAUGUUGUGCGAGUACGACGCACUGCCAGAGAUUGGUCAUGCUUGUGGACACAACCUGAUAGCUGAACUAGGCGUGGCGGCCGGUGUCGGGAUCAAGGCCGCCAUGGAAACAUCCGGGAAACCUAUUGGCAAGCUGACAGUUCUCGGAACCCCGGCAGAAGAAGGAGGAGGAGGAAAAGUCAUCUUAAUAAACAAGCAUGCUUUUGACAAUAUUGAUGUUGUGAUGAUGUCACAUCCGGGUCCAUAUGAUAUUGUGAGGUCACGAAUGAUAGCUAUUAACAGGGUUACAGUCACGUAUAAGGGCAAAGCCAGUCACGCCGCUGCCUUCCCUUGGGAAGGUAUAAACGCACUGGACGCGGCAGUCACGUGCUACCAGACCGUGUCCUGUAUGCGCCAACAGAUGAAGCCGACAUGGAGAGUUCACGGAAUAAUCAGAAAAGGUGGCGUGAAACCAAAUAUCAUACCGGAUGAAGCUGUUCUAGAAUACAACAUCCGGGCACCAACCAAGGCGGAGCUACAUGUGCUCCAGGAGAAGGUCGAGCGUUGCUUUGAAAGUGCAGCAAUAGCAACAGGAUGCAAGGUCGAGUACAAAUAUUCUGAGGUGCCUUAUCUAAACUUCAUCAGCAAUGAAGCACUGGCGUCAUCGUUCGAGACAAACGCAAACUCACUGGGACUAGAUUUCAAGACACAUGAGCCGCCAACAGGCGACGCUUCUCUGGCAUCCUCGGAUAUUGGAAAUGUGUCAUAUCUUGUACCCACCAUCCAUCCCGGCUUUUACAUCGGAACAGACGAUGCCAACCACACCAAAGGCUUUGCCAGUGCUGCAGGUGCCCCAACCGCCCAGCCGUACACUGUACUACAAGGAAAGGCAAUGGCGAUGACAGCCAUUGACAUAUUUACAAACAAAGAUCUUUUACAUAAAAUCAAAGCUGAAUUCGAUAACGAACCACAGAGAAAGAAUUGAAAGCAAACACUGUUGGAAUAAAGAAACU